UCUUCAUCUUCUUAUGUCCUUUCCUCAUUUUUCUCAUCUUGAACAUUAAUUUCAUCUUGCCAUCUUCUUCUCCAUAAUGGCUAGGUCUUCUGCAUCCUCAAACUUCCAAAGAGAAAGAGAGAGUAUCGAUAAUGGCGAGGCAACUCCAAUUGGUGAAUGUAGAUGUGGACAACAAUUGAAGUUAAUCACUUCAUGGACAAAUGAAAACCCUGGGCGAAGGUUUUGGCUAUGUCUAGACAAUGGAAUGAGUAAAGGGUGUGGGUUCAUACAAUGGUUCGACCCUCUGAUGUGUAAGAGGUCAACGAGGAUCAUUCCAGGACUGCUUAAGAGGUUGAAUAAGCAAGAUGAAGAGUUGAAGUCAUUACAAAUGAAGCUUAAAUUGGCUGUGGAUAACUAUUGGUUUAAGAGUUGGCGAUUUAAAGUUGUAAUGUUGGUAUAGUUGUUCUUAGUGGUAGGUUCUUGGGUAAUGGUAUAAAUUGAUUGUAAGGUCUUUCUCAAGAUUUUUGUGGGCCCAAACAUCCAUCUCAUCAUCUAAUAUCUCACCCAAUCCCAAAAACUCUUCUUCCCAUUAGUUUUAAGUUUUUUCUCAUUUUUUGUGAACCCACCAUUUUACCAUAUUAUAUUUUAAUUAUUUCUUUUAUCUA